AUGGAGUGCCAGUUGAAGCUCAGGACCUCCUACUGCAGCGUCGCCCUGUGCCCCGGGUGCUCCGCGCUGCUGGGCGCCUGCAUGAUCUGCGGGGAGCCGGGGGCUGCAGGCUGCGCCGCCUCCCCAACGUGGACGGCCGACUUCGACGCCGACUGCCUGCCAGAGGAGGCCCCGGCCCCGACGCCAGACCUCCUCGGCUGCCUACCAGCGGAGGCCCUGGCAGCCACGACGGCGGACCUCCUCGGCUGCCUGCCAGAGGAGGCCCCUACCGCGGCGGCGGACCACCUCGCCCGCCUGCCAGGCGAGGCCCCCACCGCGGCGGCGGACCACCUCGCCCGCCUGCCAGGCGAGGCCCCUGCCGCGGCGGCGGACCCUUUCGCCCGCCUGCCAGACCCAUUCGCCCUGGCCGCGGCCGCGGAGCGCCUGGGACGCCCGCCGUGGGAGGCCCCUGCCGUGGCGGCGGACCACCUCGCCCGCCUGCCGGGCGAGGCCCCUGCCGCGGCGGCGGCGGACCCUUUCGCCCGCCUGCCGGACCCAUUCGCCCUGGCCAAGGCGCCGGACCUCCUCGCUCGCCUGCCCGGCGAGGCCGCGGCCGCGAGCGCGGAGCGCCUGGGCCGCCCGCCGUGCGAGGGCCCGGCCGCGGCCGCGGCGCUCGAGCGCGGGCCGCGCCCGGCCGAGGCCGACGUGCCCCUCGGGGCCAGGCCGCGCCCCACGCCGCCAGCGCUGCUCAUGGGCGCGCCCGAGGCGGCGGGCGCCACGGCAGGGCAGCAGGAGAGCGCGGCGCGGCCUCCGCUGCCCUGCGGCGGCGCCGCAUCAUCGCGCUGUGAGCGGCCCCCGCGCCGCCCGCCGGAGGGCCGCAGACGCCCGGAGGGCUUCGCCCGCGCGCGGGCGGGCGGGCGUCGUCCGUCUGCAUUUCACGUGCGGCCUCGUUUUUUCUAA